UAACUACAUUUUUAUAGAUCACUGUUAACAGAACAAUAUCAGUGGUAGCCAUGAGUGACUCAGAAGAAGAAAAUUUCCAGGUUGAACUUCCCGAAUGGGCUCAGAUUCAACGCAAAACUUUCACUCGGUGGUGUAACCAACAACUUAAGCCUAGAAGUCUCGGCAUUGAAGACUUAAAGGUUGGGUUAAAAGAUGGAACGAACCUGAUUAACCUUGUGGAGCUACUCACCCAGAACCCAUCACCUACACGAUACACUAAGAAACCCAGAAUAAAGAUGCAAAUGAUGGAGAACAUUGGAAUUGGUCUGAAAAUCCUGACGGAUGAUGGAAUCAAGCUCGUCAACAUAGGCAACGAGGAUAUUUACGAGGGCAAUAUGAAGCUCAUAUUGGGUCUCAUUUGGACUCUUAUUCUCCACUAUCAGAUCAGUAUCUGUAUGGAUGUAAAAGACGACGAUAAGGACGGGAAAGGAAGUGGAGUUUCAGCUAAGAAACAGCUACAGAAUUGGGCAACUGACCUUAUCACCAACCUGCCUGAAGGAAAAACAGUACGUAACUUCACGACGGACUGGAACGACGGACUGGCACUGUGCAGCAUGAUAGAGGCAGUAGCACCGGGCCUCUGCCCUGAGUAUAGUAGUCUGGACCCGAACGCUAGACUGGAGAACGCUAGACUGGGUCUGGACAGGGCUGAGCAGGGCCUGGGGGUACCCAAGAUAAUAGAAGCGGAAGAUCUUGUGAACCCUAACAUAGACGAGCUGUCAGUUCUGACAUACGUGUCCCUGCUCAAGAACGCUACCCCUACUAUUGAUUUGGUUCCAUCAGACCCUCUGAAGAUAAAGAUAUACGGACCAGGAACUGAGACUGCUUUAGUCAACACACCUACUCAGUUCUUUGUAGAUACUUCCGGUGCUGGUUUUGGUAAACUAGAUGUGGAAAUUAGAGAUUGCCAUGGUAACACUGUUCCUAUGGAGCUGUGGAAGAAGGAUAACGAGACGAAGGUUCAAUACACCCCCCAAAUACCGGGCCCACACAAGUUUCACGUGACCUACAACAAAGUGGAUAUCCCUGGUGGAGACUUCACUGUCAAGGUCCUCGCGCCGACAGACUCAACAAAGAUCAAGCUGUCCGGUGACGGCCUGGAGAAGGGGUUCGUUAAUAAACCGACACAUUUUGUGGUGGAUACCUCUGACGCUGGUGUUGGAGACUUGGUGGUAACGAUAGUGGGACCAGGAGGGAAGCUACCUGUGGACACUGUAUUUGAUGAGGACACUAUGAAGUACACUGUACAUUACACCCCUGACAAAGUGGGGCCUGUUCUCAUCACCGUCAAAUACGCUGGAAAUGAGGUAGAAGGAUGUCCGUUCCACGUGGACGUGGUGGACGAUGUGGAUCCCCUCAAAAUUAAGAUCCUCACGAAAGGUCUGGAGAAUCCUACCGUGGGAACGGAGAUGAAGUUUGCUGUGUGUACGGUGGGAGCUGGCAACGGUGAUCUCAAGGUGACAGUAGUUGACGAGGACGGACAUCCCCUAAAGGUGACAAUUGGCGAUAUUGAUCCGGACAACAAGGAAGUCAGGGUCACUCCGGAACACCCCGGAAAGCAUCGCGUGUCCGUUACCUGGUCCGGACAUCCUGUUCCAGACGGGGAGAUUGAUCUGGAGGUAAAGAAACCUCUUGAUCUCCUGGCUUGCAUCGUGUCUGAUGUUAACUCGAACCCUGUCGUCGGGACACAGGCUCACUUUACUGUCGACUGUAGCAAGGUUGGCAGUGACGAUCUGAAGGUAGAGAUAGUAGACAGUAAAGGAGACCCUCUACACGUUACUAUAGACAACCUAGGCAGUGGCAGGUUUGGAGCAAGUUACACACCCCUCUCAGUAGACCCCCUUAAAAUAAACCUGAAGAUAGAAGACUGCCACAUCCCCAGCAGCCCUAUUACAGUUCAUCCUAUAGAUCCUACCAAGAUUAUUGUAGUAGUGGACAGUGACAAGGACUGGAAGGUGGGAGAGCCUGUUGAGUUGGCUGUUGACAUUACGGACGCAGGUCCUGGACAACUGGGGAUCAACCUCUCUGCUCCUCCUGGAAGUGGAACUGAUUGUCAUGCUAAGGAGGUAUCGCCGGGUCACAUGACUGUGGUGUUUACUCCCACUUCAGCUGGGGACCACAUUGUUAACCUGACCUACAGUGACAUCAACGUUCCUGCUACUCCUGUCGUCAUCAAAGUAGUGCCACGAGCAGAUGUGAAGGCAGUGGUAGUUAGUGGAGAUGGUGUCCGUGAGGGUCAGGUGGGAAAGACGGCAGUAUUUACAAUAGAUGCAUCAGCGGCAGGGCCAGGAGACCUUGAUGUCAAGGUCAGGGGUCCCAAAAACCCCAUAGAUGUCACACCCAUCGAAAUAGGUGAUGGAUUGUACGAAGUUACCUAUGUGCCUACAGAGGAAGGUUCCCAUAUAAUUGCUGUAAAGUACGCUGAUCAACAUGUUCCCGGCAGUGCCUUCAGGCCGCAAAUAGAGAAAGCGAGUAGUGCGGACGAUGUUGUAGCCUACGGUAAAGGACUGGAAGGAGGAAUACCGGGAACUGAUAACGAGUUCUACGUGGACACGACCAAAGCUGGGGACGGAGACCUACAGGUUAAGGUGGAGGGACCUGAGAAGUGCAGUCCUGAGGCUGAGGUUACCAAGAUAACAGACAGUCAUUACAAGGUUGUGUACCCAGUGCCUAAAGACGGAGACUACAACAUCAACAUUACAUGGAACGAUGUUCACAUACACAAGUCCCCGUUCAACAUCAAUGUCAGGACCCCCUUUAACCCGUCGUCUGUUCUCGCCACUGGACCUGGACUCAUGCAUGGUGUGGUCGGGAAACUCUCUCUUUUCGAGGUUGACUGUAGAGCGGCUGGUAACGGUCCUCUUAACAUCAACGUUGAGGACGAUGACCACAACCUGGUGCCGGUUAAAGUGUCCGAAACACAACCCAACUGCUACGACGUCUCCUUUAUACCCUCCCAAGCACUGCCUCACUUUGUGACCGUCAACUACAACGACUUCAAUAUCAAGGGCAGUCCCUUCAAGGUUAAUGUCAUGGCCAGACCAGAGAAGGAUCUUAAUUUAGGCGGUGAGGGUAAGAUCAGAGUUUAUUAUUCAACGACAACCUCUUCUGAGAAAGUACGUCACAACUGUCGCUUCCUUCAGACUUUACUCGAGCGGAAAAAGGUCCAUCUCCGAGAGGACUUCGAGCCUUGGAUCCCUGUAGACAUUGGUAUGGACCGCGAGGAGAGGAACAGAAUAUUCGAGAAGGCGGGUGUCAGAAUGACCCCCAUGCUCUUUAUUGACGAUCAGUAUGUUGGAAACUUUGACGAUGUUGUAGAGUUGGAUGAGAUCGGGGAGCUGGACCGUCUCCUCAGUUACUGUGCCCUCAAGUACCGUAACCUGAAGACGAUUGAGGAAGCUAGGAAAGCAGACGAGCUCUUCCGUCGGCAACAAGCUGCCGAACUCGAACAAUAGUUAUUUUAUAAAAUUGUGCGUGUUUUUCUUUCAUUCGUAAAAUGGUCGGUUGCUUUAGAUAUAUUUGAUAUUAAUCAUGGGCACUGUAAUUUUUUGGCUGGUUUUACGAUGUUAGUUUCGAGGAUUUGUCAAUGAAUCCUUGGUAUUAAAGACAUCUUUGCUUAUAAUAAAACUUAUAUUAUAUUGUUAAAUAAAUUGGAUGAAAAUAUGAUAUUAUCAUGAUUAUUGUGCGUGAGUUUAUUUUUCUACUCUGUUUAUUGAUACCAUAAUAUACCUAAAAUUUAUUGAGUUGAAACUUUCCAUUUUCGAGUGAAUAUGAAUUUGUACAAACAUUCCGGAUUAAAAUUCGAUUUUUUUUUCUAAUAGUAAUGACCCUUUUCCCAUUUAAUAUUAACGAUUAACACUAUUUUGAAUUUUGAUUGUUGAUGAUAAGAUUAAGAAUUUAUUGACUUCGAAAAGCUUCGUUAUCGUUCGUACUUAAUUAACAUUAUUUUUGAACCAAUAGAUUUAUUAAACCUAGUUUUACCAGUUUUAUCUCAAUA